AUGAGGGUGACAAUUGCCUUGAGAGAGAAGGGUAUAGAGUUUGAGUGGAGAGAAGAGGACUUGAGCAAUAAGAGCCCCCUGCUACUGAAGAUGAACCCUGUUAAGAAGCAAAUCCCAGUUUUGAUCCAUAAUGGGAAGCCAGUUUGUGAGUCACUCAUCAUUGUUCAGUACAUUGAUGAGAUCUGGAAGGACAGGACUUCUCUGUUGCCUUCUGAUCCUUAUGAGCGAGGUCAUGCAAGGUUUUGGGCUGACUAUGUUGAUAAGAAGAUAUAUAGCCCUGCAUUGCAGGUGUGCACUACUAACGGUGAAACCAAAGAAGCUGCAAAGAAAGAACUCAUACAAUGGUUCAAGACACUGGAAGGAGAGCUUGGAGACAAGGCUUACUUUGGAGGCAAGACCUUUGGCUUGGUGGACAUAGCUCUUAUCCCCUUCUACUGCUGGUUCCAUUCCUUGGAGACCAUUGGCAACUUGAACAUGGAGGCAGGGUUCCCUAAACUUGUGGCAUGGGGUAAGAGAUGCUUGGAAAAGGAGAGUGUGUCACAGACCCUACCUGACCAGCUCAAGGUCUAUGACUUCAUCUUGGGUAUCAGGAAAAAUCUUGGGAUUGAGUAG